GUCAACUAUUUUUAAUUGUGCAAAAAUUAGUUCAACAUUAGCUACAAUUAAGUCUUAAUUUCAACAAUUAACAAAAUGAUUCCAUUAAGUUUAAUUGUCUCUGUGUUAAUUGGAUCAGCUUUUUCUUAUGUUACUCUACCUGGUCCCUGUCCACAAGUACCAACCAUUGAAAACUUUUCUUGGGCCAAAGUUUCAGGUUCAUGGUUUGCAAUUAAGUCUACAAGUGAUGUUAAUGGUGAAUAUGAUUACUGUCCAAUUGUUAAACUGUUCAUGCAAAACAAUUUAACUAUUUCAUAUGUUGAACAAUUUGGGAUACAAGGAUAUUUACGAGGCCAAGGAGGUCCAGGUAAAAUUGACUCUAAACAAUCAAACAAAUUAUCAGUCAAAUUUUUACCUCAUGAUCCAAGUUUUGAUCGUUACAUAGUUAAAACUGAUUAUAAAAACUUCGUGACAAUUUAUGGCUGUGAAAGUUACGGUGAAAAUCAUAGAGCCUAUGGUCGUAUAGCAACAAUUACGAAAACACCAUCAGCCGAGGUGAAACUCGCUGGUUACUUAGCACUACAAAGUUUGGGUCUACCGAUUACAUCGUUGAUUAACAGUGACUUUACAAACUGUAAUUUCUCAUAAUUGAUUGUUUCAAUUAAAUUUACUCAUCAAUUUGUCAA